GUUGGUCAUUUUUCGCGCUUGUACGAAGAUGGGCAAUUUUGUACAAAAACGGGCAUUACAAUUGCUGAAUACACCAAUCAACCCCAUCCGGCUACCAUUAUGAAACCGCGUCGGAGGAAAAGACUAGUAACUAGUAUAGGAGGGACAAGAAGAAGUAAACACGCUCAUUUACAAUGGAGUUUGAUAUGAUAAGCAAGAUGAAAGUUGAAGAAUUAAAAAAAUAUUUAAGAAUGCGGGGUUUAAAGGUGUCUGGAAGGAAAUGUGAGUUGGUGGCAAGGGUAUUUUCUGCUAGUGAGAAUAAUGUAAAACUGGUAAAAACUGCAGCGCAGGUAGAAGAGCAGUUCAACGAAGAGUAUGUGAGCAAAUUAUUAAUUGAAGAUGGUGUUAUACCUGACCCAAUGGACAUUACUUCUGGAUGGUUAGCGGAGGAAGACGGUGUAUCGUUUUGGCCAAUGAUUACAUAUGGAAAUAUUUUUAAUUAUUUAACCUUUACUCCUAGCACACUGGGGAGUGACGACCUAAACGAUUACAAAACAAGCAAAGCAUAUAGCUAUUUUACAAAUGGUUGGCUAGGACCAAUAAUGUACCAUCCGAUUGACGAAGAUUCAAAGUACUGCUUUUUAAAAGGAGAUUGUAGGCCUUCAGAACGAUUAAAUGAUCCACCUCAUAAACUAUGGGUAUGCGUUCUGAAAGGAGAAAGUAAUCGGAUUAUGUCAGCACACUGCACCUGCAUGACAGGAAUGUCCGGGACAUGCAACCAUAUUGCUGCACUUUUGUUUCGAGUAGAUGCUGCAGUAACAUGCGGGCUGACAAAUCCAUCAUGCACAGCCAAAGCUUGUGAAUGGCUACCUAACCGAAAAGAAGUCAGACCACAGAAAAUGAUAGAUUUGGUUUUAAACAGAGAUGAAAUGAAAAAAUCUAAAAAGAAAAAGAGACCGCUGGUAGCAACUCCGAAAAGAAAUUAUAAUCCUCUUGCUACAUGUAAAAUAAAGCCUUUAGAGCUUCAAAACAUUGUAACUGCGCUGAAAGACACUCUGCCAUGUAGUGUAUUGUUUACAUCUGUUCCAACACCAAAGAUGGACUUUAUGAGAGAGAUUGUUAAAACUGUUCCAGAACAAAAAAAUGUAUUUUCUGUUAAUGAAAUGAUUUCAUCUAGUGAUAACAAGAUCACGUUUCUCAGUAAACUAGAUAGCCAAAUGACACCAGAAGCCAGAAAAAAAAUAGAAGAGAUAACUUGUGGGCAAUCAGAAAAUCAGGCAUGGUAUUUAUUUCGGAAGGAUAUUGUGACUGCAUCAAAAGCACAUGAGGUAUUAACUAAAAUGAAAAAGUUUAAAAAAGGGAAUCUUAAUGUUAACCUCUGGUCCCUUUUUCAGAAAGUGUCUGGGUCUGUGUUUAUCAACCCAAAUAUACCUGCACUGAAAUAUGGAAGAGAAAUGGAGCCUGUUGCGUUAGCCGCAUUUAAAGAAGAAAUAAAGAAAGAGCAUAAAAAUGUAGAAGUGCGGUCUUGUGGCUUAUUUAUUGACGGUGGCGUGAAGUUUGUUGGUGCUAGUCCUGAUGGGUUGGUGACUUGUUGCUGCUGUUCGCCUAGCUGUCUGGAAAUAAAGUGCCCCUUUUCAAUAAGCCACAAGUCCCCAACAGAUGUGGUACUUGAUUUUGUGGUUGAAAGGAAUGGAAAGAAGCAGGAAGCAUUCGUUAUGGCUGUUGACUCAGAGUUAUACCGCGAUUCCCAAAUAUCUGAGGAGGCAAAAGAAACAGUUAUUUGCCUGGUAUCCCUCGGAAAGAUCGGACCUCAAAUUAAUUGAUGAGGAAACGAAUAUGAUCUAAUCCACUGAGUGGGAAGAGAUCAAGGCUCAACUCAAAAAGUCUAAGCAUGCCUGUUUGUAUAUUAGGCUUGAGCACCCAAGAACUUAGAGUAUAUUAGAAUAAAU